CCCAAACGGUCUAUGUUGGAGUUUUGGACUACGAUUCCCAGCAUGCCGUCUUCCAUGACAGCUUCUUCUGAUUGGCCGCUCGGUGUUCUAGUUGGAACUCGGCAUGUGGCUGCUGCUGUGUUGGGAGGAAGGCAAUAUUUUUGCAGGCUUUAUAUUUCCUGAUAUAAAAGAUCCCAUUGACAUCUCCAUGCUGUCCAUUGACAUGGAAAACAAGGAAAAUGGAUCGCUGGACAAAGAAAACUUGGUAGAGAAUGGAAGACCUCCUGAUCCGGCUGACUGGGCAGUUACAGAUGUGGUGAAUUAUUUCAGAACAGUGGGCUUUGAAGAACAAGCAAAUGCUUUUCAAGAACAGGAAAUUGAUGGGAAAUCUUUACUGUUGAUGACAAGGAACGAUGUACUCACUGGACUUUCUUUAAAAUUGGGGCCUGCACUGAAGAUCUAUGAAUAUCAUGUAAAGCCUCUACAGACACAGCAUCUGAAGAACAGUUCACUAUAGUGGAUUUUCAAACUGGGACCAUGUUUUCUUCCUGCUCUUCAAAAGAAACAAGCAGCAUUGGUUUUUGGCACUGGAACUUUAUUAAACAACAACAACACCAAACCUGUAUGUGUGCAUAAUGAAAUUAAACCAAAUGGCACUGAAAUAAAUAUAUAUUUAUAUUUAUACAUAUCCUAUUGGAUAACUUUAGCAAUAUGCUGUUUAAUAAAUGAACUGGUAGGGUGUAGAAUUUCUCAUUAUUUAAGCAAAAUAUCAAUUCAGUAUUCUUCUUUUUAAUAACUCUAUGGAGUCACAAAAAGGUAACUGAAAACAAGUAUUUAAAAUGGAUACACUUGAUUUUUUUAAAACUAUUGCUUAAAACAGAAGAAUGACAUCUCUGUUGUUGCACAAGGCCCACUAAAGCGCUGUUAUAUCUUUGCACAGAUCCCUUUUAUUUCAAAAAAAAUUGUUCUUAAUUUGGAAAAGAAAAAGGAAAAGUAUUAGAUGAGCAAGAGACACUUCUAGAAGUUCUGCAAAAAUCAUAACUCUUUUCAUGACAUUAGCAGCAAGUUUUGAAUUUGCCAAAAUAACUUUUUUUCCAGAGGGAGCACCUAUUUUUAAUCUUACUAAUGUUUGUUCAUAGGCUAAUGUUUUAAAGUUGUGCAGCCUUGAACCUUUUGGGAAGGACACAAGUUGCAUCCAGAGGUGGUAAAAAAAAUUGUAAGUUUUUUUUGUUGUUGUUGAACUUGAAAGGGAGUUCGGUGAAGGAAAUUUUAGAGAAUGUUUGUAUUGCUUUGUGAGACAAAAUUCAUGUUCUAAUUUAUAACUUAUUUGCUAAAAGUUUUGUUAUAGUAAUGUAAAAAAUGUAAAUCCCUGCAUAUUUUUGCCCACUGCAAUUUGUAGUGUGGUAAAAAUUAUAUUGAUAUGUAAUUUGAUUCAUGAGCCAAAUAUCUAUUUCUGGAAAGCUAAAGAAUGCUAUCUUACAACUGUGAAUCCCUGCUAAGGGAAGACUUGUAGUUUCAGUUUGUUUCAACCAGUUCUUGAUUUUAAUUGCAGAUAUUUUGCAUCAACAAAGAUAUUACCUAUGUUCUGA